CGAAAAUAAAAAGUCGCAGCCUAAAUUUAUCGAAUUCCGCGCUCGACGCAGAGACAAGAGCUCACCUGCAUAGGUAAAAGAGCCGCGACGCGACCAAAUUUCUAUCAAAACUACCUUCUGAAGACUUCAACGUUAGUGUAUUAGCAGAACCAACGUUACUUUCGUUAUUAGUAUUUUAGUGUGUUGCCGCGAAUAAUGUUGAAGUGUCCGUUCGCAAUUGGAAUUUAAUAAAGGAACAUGACAGUACACUGAUUACUUUUAAUAUUACAAAUAUAAAUAACGUUAGAUUUACAAUACGAUGGGUGCUAAAAGUGAAAUUAAUUUAUUUAACUUUUCCAGUUUAUUUUUCUUGUUAUUUUUUAUUGGACACAUUCAACAGAGCGACGCUCAGCUUACGAGUACGGAUUUUUUACCGCAAGUGACGGCAACAUGCAAAACGGGACACAUGAGCAUACGGGUAGCUUUCAAUAGCAGUUUUUCGGGAGCCGUGCACGCGAGGGAGUUCAGGACGCCGGCAUGCAUGGUUCAGGGGGAUGGAAGCAAACUAGUCACUUUGGACGUUAAUUUGUUCGCGCCUGUUGAUUCUCCAGAAUAUUGUGGACUACUCGUUAAUAAUAAAACCGAAGAACGAUCUAUUUCAAUUGCGGUGCGAGUGCAUCGAACACUAGAACUGGCAGAAGACAAACUAUACGUCAUCACGUGCGGCAAGGCGGGAUAUCGAAAUGCAAACAACGAAACGUCCCAAGUUUCGCUUAGAUUAUUAGAAGGCGACAAAAAAAUUGUACAAGCGGUGUACAGCAGACCAUACACGUUGCGAGUAACGGUCUCGAGACCAGACGGCAUACACGGAUUCAAAGUAAAAUCUUGUUUCGCUUUCAACAAACCGAACGACAAUGUGGCCCUUAUCGACGAUCGAGGAUGUUCCGACGAUCCUAAAGUAAUCGAGGAGUUUGUUUAUGAUGAAAAAACAGGAAUUGCCGAUGCGAAAUUGAACUCGAUGUUCAGAUUUGCUGAAGGAUCUGAAGUUCACUUACAAUGUGACAUUGGGCUAUGUAGAGGGCCAUGCCAACAACCCAUUUGUACUCCGGGUGCAGUACAAUCUAGAGCGUUAGAAGCAGAGGAAGGUCCUUUGAUGGCGGCUACCACCGUGUUUGUACUAGAUCCAAGCGAAGCUCCCAUCAUUCAAGGAUUGUGUGACGAUGGCGUACAUCCCUCUUGGUUACUAUGGCUUUGCAUAGCGUUAGGGAUCUUGUUUCUUAUCAUGUUAAUAAUCAAUAUCUUCCUGUGUUCAGCAAUGACCUGUGCUUGCGCACGAACAGAAAUUGUUGAAAAGGAACCAAGCAUCAUAGAAGAUUAUGACCCGUACAGAUCGUGGCAUGGAAGUCAAUACGGAUCACGAUAUUCCCUUAAUGGAGCACCUCAAAAUCCAAAAGGAUACACCUCUGGUGGUUCGACCAUGAAUUCUACAAGAUCUGUCUCAUCUCAUAGUGAUCAUUAUGCCAUAGUGCAUUCGAGACCGGGCAGUCGAUAUAAGAACAGAGGACCUCCAUCUCAUAUAGGAAGCCAUUACAGUGGCAAAUAGAUUAAUUUUCUGUAAUAUAACUUUAGAAUAGACCGUGCUAUGUAAUCUAAGUCUAACACACUCUUUCUUUCUGUUGUAAAUAAACUUACGCUACUUACCAUUUGUCAAUAACUAUACUAAAACAUUAAGCUAUUGUUAAUUUGUUUCAUAGUGAUACGAGUGUAAUAUUGUAAUAGUUAUUCUUAAAGAGAACUGAUUUCAAAUAAAAAGUGUAAAUACAUUAGGUACCGAACG